UGGAGAAAGAGCGUGUGCGGAGGGGAUGCUCCCUCAGAUGGGGGGUCAGGAAGUCUCCUUCAAGUGUCCGGGACAGAGGGACAGCAGGGACCAAGGCGGAGAUGACGUCAGUGUGCGAGGGGAGCCCGGAAGAAGGCUGCAGCCGCGGCCCCGCAAGGGUUCGGACUUUCCUCUAAACGCGGCGGAAGCCCAUGGAAGGAAGCGGUUAGCAGCAAGGCAGAGUCCUGCUCCCUCUGCAGCCCCAGCUCCCAGCGCCCUGGGCUUUGCAGGCACUUGUCCGGGUAGAGGAUUGAGGGCCGUGGGGAGGCCCGCACUUUCCUGCCAGCCACAGCUGGCCACAUGCCCAUCUGACCCUCCGAGUUCUCUAAAAAUGGGGCUGACAGCCCCUACCUCACGAAGUCCACACCGGGCUCAACCCGCUGCCUUCCUCCCCAACAGGACUCUGCCACCCUCCCUCAGGAUGCCUGAGGGCCCUGAGCUGCACCUGGCCAGCCAGUUUGUGAACGAGGCCUGCAGGGCGCUGGUGUUCGGCGGCUGCGUGGAGAAGUCCUCUGUCAGCCGCAACCCUGAGGUGCCCUUUGAGAGCAGUGCCUACCGCAUCUCAGCUUCAGCCGGCAGCAAGGAGCUGCGCCUGAUACUGAGCCCUCUGCCUGGGGCCCAGCCCCCCCAGGAGCCGCUGGUCCUGUUUUUCUGCUUCGGCAUGUCCGGCUCUUUUCAGCUGGUGCCCCGCGAGCAGCUGCCACGCCAUGCCCACCUGCGCUUUUACACGGCCCCGCCUGGCCCCCGGCUCGCCCUAUGUUUCGUGGACAUCCGCCGGUUCGGCCACUGGGACCUUGGGGGAAAGUGGCAGCCGGGCCGCGGGCCCUGUGUCUUGCAGGAGUACCAGCAGUUCAGGGUCUCGCUCUGUUGCCCAGGCUGGAGUACAGUGGCGCCAUCACAGCUCAUUGCAGCCUCAACCUCCAGGGCCCAGGUGAUUCUCUCAUCUCAACCUCCUGAGUAGCUGGAACCACAGGAGCACAUCACUAAGCCCCUGGCUACUUUUUAAAUUUUUGGUAGAGAUGGGGUCUUCCUUGUUGCCCAGGCUGGUCUCCUGGGCUGAAGUGAUCCUCCUGCUUCAGCUUCCCAGAAUGCUGGGAUUACAGGUGUGAGCCACCACACCAGCCUCAUGUUACUUUAGGUCAGUAUUUUUCACCUUUCAUAAUGAAUUUAUUUUUAAUUUUGUUUUUUUUUGUGUGUGUACACAAAGACUGGUACACAUUAAUAGCAGCAGUAUUCAUAAUUGUCAAAAAGUGGAAACAAUCCAAAUGUCCAUCAACUAGUGAAGGGAUAAACGCAAUGUGGUACAUCUAUAUAAUGGAAUACUUUCAGCAGUAUCAAGGAACAAAAAAACGGAUACAGGCUACAAAAUGAAUGAACCUUGAAGAAACCAAGUGCAUAACACAUACUGUAUAAUUAUGUUUAUAUGAAAUGUCCGGAAAAGGCAAAUAUAUAGAAACAAAGUAUAUUAGUGGUGCCUGGGGCUAGAGGUAGGGACAAAGGUGGACUGCAAAUGGGCAUAAGGGAUCAUUUUGUGGUGAAAGAAAUCUUCUAAAACUGGAUUGUGUUGGCCGGGCGCGGUGGCUCAAGCCUGUAAUCCCAGCACUUUGGGAGGCCGAGGCGGGUGGAUCACGAGGUCAGGAGAUCGAGACCAUCCUGGCUAACACGGUGAAACCCCGUCUCUACUAAAAAUACAAAAAAUUAGCCGGGCGUGUUGGCAGGCGCCUGUAGUCCCAGCUACUCGGGAGGCUGAGGCAGGAGAAUGGCGUGAACCCAGGAGGUGGAGCUUGCAGUGAGCUGAGAUUGCGCCACUGCACUCCAGCCUGGGGGACAGAGAACGACUCUGUCUCAAAAAAAAAAAAAAAAAAAAAAAAAACUGGAUUGUGAUAAUGGUUGUACAACUUCAUAAACAGAUCAAAAACCAUUGAAUUGUACAUUUAAAACUGUAUAUAAAAUGGUAAAGAUGGCAAAUUAUAUAUGUAUGUUUUACUUCAAUAAAAAAAUAGAAAUAAAAUUAAAUGGUAUGUAAAUUACA